AGCGCAGUUACUCUGUGUGAUAACUGAUAAGAUGAUAACAGAACAGAUUGAAAACACGAGCACGAGGUCUCGGCUGGACGGUCUGAAUCUUUUUUUAAAAUUUGUUUCAAUUUUUUAAAACUCAAAAUUGUGUUUUGACUUAAGGUCCCUGAGUUGAAAGGGAUCAGAUCAUGACGUUUGAUCUAAUUCAAUUAGUUGGACAAAAACAUUUCAUGCAAAAAUCAUUUCCCAGUGUUACCUAGUUGAUACUCCUCAACAAAAACUGGUUCAAAGGCAGAGAGCAUCAUGCAUAACAGUUUCACAACAUUAUGAUGAAAAGAUCAAUCUAAGAAAUUUAAAGAAUAUCAAAUGGAGUCUGCUUACAAGUUAGCGCUAUGGAUCGGAACAUUCGGUUUUCUGAAAGAAUUCCGUCCAGAGGACCCUUAUAUUACUCAGUACCUUGUGGGACCUGUAAUGAAUUUGUCUAAGGAACAGGUCAAUGAAGAAGUAUUCCCAAUUGCAACAUAUGUCUCCACAUCGCAGCUUAUUUUGGUUUUCUUGCUCACUGAUUGGCUUCUUUAUAAGCCAGUUGUUCUUGUCAAUGCCCUCUCGGGUGUCAUUUCUCAAGCUAUUCUUAUUUGGGGCCGUGGGCUGAAAUGGAUGCAGGUCAUGGAAAUCUUCUACGGGACAAUGAUUGCUUGCGAAGUUGCAUAUUACACUUACAUCUAUGCUAAAGUUGAAAAACAGCACUUCCAACUAGUCACUAGCUUUAUGCGCGCAGCAUGCUUGUGUGGCCGCUUUUUGUCAAGUAUCAGUGCGCAAAUAUUUUUACUGACUGGUGUCAUGACAAUCGCAACUUUAAAUCAUCUGACGUUUGGUGGAAUGAUGUGUGCAUUUUUGUGGGCCCUAACAUUGCCUCCUGUGAAGCACAGCCUUUAUUUCCAUAGGCAGAAGUCUGCACCUAAAGAUGUCGCAGUUGACCUCGAACUAGAUAGAAGUGAAGAACCUAGGACUCUAGAAGGUGAUGUAGUUGAAAGUAGUAAGUCAGCGUUUGAGCAUCUGUGGUUUGAUUUCAAAUUUGCCUAUCGGAAUCCGUAUGUUCUAAAGUGGUCCCUGUGGUGGUCUUUAGCAACAUGCGGCUAUAAUCAAGUAACAUCUUACAAUCAACUGCUUUGGGAAGAAGUUCAAAGUGAUGGUGCUUACUUCAACGGAGCUGUCGAAGCUGUCUACACAAUCAUAAGUGCUGGGGCAUCAGUUUCAAUAGGCUACCUAGUCUUGGAUUGGAGUGAGUGGGGUGAGCUUCUCCUUGGCAUUUGCACUCUUCUGGAGGGUUUUUUCCUUAUUGGAUCAUCCUUUGCCACUAGCAUUCUUCCUUGUUAUUUUGCAUAUGUUGCAUUCGGUAUGCUUUAUCACGUGAUGAUGACCAUUUCAAAUUCAGAAGUUGCAAAACAUAUCAGGCCUGACAGCUAUGCUCUCAUUUUUGGUGUGAACCAAUACAUUGCUCUUUGUCUCCAGUCGCUAUUGACGUAUGUCGUUGCAGACAAAUUGGCUCUGAAUUCUCGACCUCAGUUUAUUGUUUACGGCUCUUAUUUCAUCAUCCUUGGCUUCAUAUUUUUCAUCAAAUUUAUCCAUAGCAAAGGUUUCAAAAUCAGGCAUAGGAAAGAUUAUUCGGUUUCGUAACAUCAACCUUGUCUCCUUGAUUUCAAUUUUUGUUUGUUGAUUGUUAAUGUUCGGGUGGAUAAGAGAUAAUAUUUUUGUUACUGUUUGGACAUACAUUUGAUAACAUCAAAUUCUUUAAACUUGUAAGCCUCUCGGUAAAGACAUUCCAUGUGAGAAAUUUUUCCUUUCAUCAUUGAAAUAUUUUAUUUUAUCUAAUUGCUCAAUAAAGCCUCUGCAUCAGAUGGCUCACUUACAUUUUCCAGCACCUAUUUGUUUUUUUUUAAUGGUGAUGGUGAAACAUGAUAAAAAUUAUUCUUGAGAUCCACUUCUACUCCUUGCUCAGCAUUUCUAGUAUUAAUUCUGCUCAAAAAUUCCUAAAAUUUCUCGAUGGAAUGUUUUUACACAAGGAUUUUCCGUUAUCCUGAUCAUGAUAAUAGUUCAAUCUAGUAGCUGUACUUUAUAUGAAAUGCCUUCUGGUACAUGUACAGGAAGGCACAGAGUGAGCCAUUGGUCAACAAAGCUCUUAAUAUUCUCGGAGGUGAAAUUUUCACUUUAGCCGACAGUCAAUUAUGUUCUGUGUUCCCAGAAAUGUGGUUUGUGCAGCUUUAAAAAUGCAUAAGAAAUGCUUGAUCUAAAAAUAUAUAAAAAGGCCUUGCAAAGUGCUUGGUUUCUUGGAAGAUGCUUCAAAGUGAUUGAGAUGUCAUUCUGCUGUUCAUCAAUGGUAGAUAAUCGCUGUUUUAAGAAAGAACAACGCACUUCAUGUUUAAUAGAUAAAGAAAUUGCAAUAAAGUAAGUCAAAAUUCCCAACCUGGACUCAUGACACAGGGGUAAACUGCGUGUUUAGGAAAAAAUUACGAAAGAGGUCGUGAAAAUUGCGUGAUUAUUCAUUGAAAUGCGCUUAAUUUUUCUUUUUUGAGGCUGCAUAAACCAUGAAAAAGGAAUUUCUGAUAGUUGAGGGUAUUGUUAUUGUUUUUCCCAGGUAAAAUCUAACAAAAAUCAACCAUUACUACCUCUAUUUUCUUGUCCUUUUAGGGUCAGGCUUAUCCUUCUAUGCAUUGAAAGUUUGUCAUAGCUCCUUGCCAUUCAGUUUAUUUUGAUGAAAGUGUACUAAAAAAUAUCUUACUUACUGUACUCUGAACCAGUGCUCUGUCUAUAUAUAUAUCAAGCCGCUACCUCAGCGCACUAGAGCGCUCUGCGACUCCAAAUCGCCAUUGGAAUCGAUCCUCCUACAAACCAUCCGGCAUAUUACACCUGCGUGCUCUGUCUUCCCUCUGAAAUUUUAAGAGCUAACUUGGCAGGAAAGUUCAAUUUUUUAGAGCUAUUUAAAAAUUUUUUGGAACCAAAUUAACUUUUUGCAUAUGCAUCAUGGUCGCAAACAGUGCAUCAAGAGCGUUGCUGCUGGUUUGCGAUUAUGAGUUCGAAAAAAUUGACAGAGUGCAUCAACAUUUUUAGGCACCAAGAUGGCCUAGCCCUUUUCUCCCAAUUUUAGGCACCUAAACCAGAUUUCUAAGCGCAUUUGGCGAAUGACGCCAAGGGAAGGCAGAACACGGCUCUGAACUGAUCUUUACUGGUAAACUUAAGACAAUUGAUGCAAAGAAAUGUAACUAUUUGGAAAAAAGCCUUGAAUAGUACAAGAGAGCUAAUAUUUUUCAGACACUGCCAUUUUAUCGAAUCUUAAUCAUGAACGAAAACCAAGCGUGAAUUAAAAUACACUGUGAUUAAGUACUUUAAUGUUUUUAUACAAUUUCCGGUUAAUCUUUUGCAUCAAUGACACUGAUAUUUUGUUCUAACUUUCCUUGCCUCUGCCUCCUUUUUUUUUUGUUCUGAACAACACGUUUUUCUUAUUUUGUGCUAUUUCUGUAUGAAGACUAUUUUUCAAGUCAAUGUCCUCUCUUAUAUUUUAUGGGAUGAUUUUAAAAUUAAAGUUCCCUCAAUAGUUUCAAAUCACAGCCUGAAUUUUGCAAAAGUAUUAAAUUCGCUGCUAGUGAUUUUAAUUUUUAUCGUCACUUAUAUCAAAUUGUGAAUUUAUUAGAGAUUUUCUUGAUUUUAAUUACUACUUUAGGUUAGCAAACUCUCUUGCCAAGUAAUAGGUUUUUUAUUCUUCAUUACCUCAGACUAUGACGACUCCUUGUUGUAAAAGUGGUUUCAUCUUUCUUUAACCGACGAAACUCUAACAGAUCAUCAUCAGCAAAAUAGUACAUAAAUAAAGAUUAGCUUAAUGUUGGGUCUAGAUCUUUUUUUGUCGUUUUGCUGAUAUUUAUGUUUUCAUAUUAGCUGCGGAUGGAUCUUUAUCAAAACUAGUUAGUGGCAAAAGCUUAUUCAAACAGGACGCAAUUUAUUCAUGGAACAGAAGAAUCUAUUUUGGUGCCAUCUUUUUUGUCAUCUUAUUUAAAUUUUAUUCAUAAUUCUCUACAAAUUGCAUAUUCUUGCAGGAUUUUACUUUUUGAAAUUUAGGCAUUACUUGGACAUAAUUUUUUUUCCUCUGUGAAGAAAGCAUGUGUCUUCUUAACCAUUCCAAUCACCGUUCUUAACACAUUUUAGUGGACAGAAAGUUUUAGUACUUUUGCAAUUUUUUCAAUUGGAUACUUUUUUCAUUUCUCAAAAUGGAAAUUACAUUAAUGUUCAAAAUUGUUUAAAACGCAAAAAGCCCAAAUUGUUUGUAAUAAUCGUCGUUUUGAAAAAUCAUUUGUGUAUUUAUGCUUGAAUGAAAAAGCUGAGAACAAUCUCUCUGGUGUGUUGAAUCUUUGUCAUAGUCUAUCAACUAAAAAAAAAAAAAAAAAUAAGUCAAUAAGUUGCUGCCAAACAAGUUGGCGGUGUCUAGAUCUCAACUGUGAUGAAACAAUGGCACUGUUGCCCAUAGUUUUAUAAAAAAAAGCUCAAUAGUGUGUUCUAAGAAAGUGAAUUCAUAAAGUGGUCGGAAAAUUAUCAUGAUGACUUCUUAUGUAUUAUCUCGUAAAAUUUCCUGUUAUCAUUGUUAUCAACAUCUUUCUUCUCCGUCAUUUUUUUAUGAUUUUCUAAUAUUUAUUUAUUCAAAAACAUCACAUCAUCUAUCCAUCAAAUAUUCAUUUUCCCAUGCAGAAUUUCACUUGAUCGACCAAUCAAACUUCUUUUACUUUUUAUGGUAUUAACUUCUAUUUUAUUUUUCUCCUUUGUUCAUUACAACAUUAUUUUUUUUACCCCUGAAGUUUGGAACACCCAGUCCAUGUAUCUUUAACUGUACCUUACCUGUGUGUAACUUUUAAGGCUGAAUUUGCCCAACCCAUUUGUUUCUUAGCUGUCUGCCUCUGUAGGUGUGCAAUUCUGCCUCGCUAAGGAAGAAUGCUGCAUGAGCCUUCAGACGUUGCCAAAUUUCCUACAGCAAAACCCGAAUUUUCCUGGAAACUUAUCAAUAUUUUUCUCCAAAUUUUUCAGAGAACUUUGUUUGCCAUUUGAUCCGAAAAUCUGAAAAUUUGCAAGAAAAUUUCUCUUAACUUAUUUCAAAAAUUGAUGUUUUAUUGGAACAAAAUUUGGCAGGUAUCAAACGUUCAUACAGUGCUUUUUCUUAGCACGGCUUAAUAGCCGAAGUGACCCAUUGAAUACUUAUAUUUUCUUUGUAAGUUUCACAAUGUAAUGAUCAUUGCCCCGAAUUAAGUUUAGAAUUUCUAUCCCUUGCCAUGAUGUCAAUCAGCCGCAAAAGUUUUGUUCAUCUGUAAUUUGUAUGUAAAGAAGGGAUUUGUGAGUGAGGAAAGUUUAGCACUUCCUUCUGUUUUUAUUGUUAAAUUGUUAUGCAUCGUUGAAUAAUCAACUUAAAAUUCACUGCUUUUUGCCAAUGCAGCUAAAUCAAUUGUACGUAAUCAAUAGUUUUAUUGUUGUUAUUAUAUUUUUAACAACAAAUCUUGAGACUCAUUUUAAUUUUUAGGAUCUCUUUAACCUUUUUUUUAGGAUACCUUGAUUGAAUUUUUAUUUUCAAGAUCCCUGGUUUUAAGUCGUUAGUUGAAAAAUAAUCUAAUUUUUUAAAAUGUGCACUAGAUGUAGCCCUGUCCCUGUGUGGGUCACUCGUGCUUGUUACAGAAUCUUCAUGGUUCGUGCAGCCUGGAAAAGUUCUUGAUUUUGAAAUUAUUUUUCAAGGCCUUGAAAGAGGGUGCUUGAAAAGUGCUGGAAAGCUACCUACUGUUCCCUAAUUUUUAAUGUUCAAUAGGGUGGUUCUUAUCUGUAAACUUUCGAUUAAAACGGAAUCAAUCCCCCAAAAA